AUGCCCCCCAAAAGCAACCACUACUCAACAGUAUCGCACUCGGAUACUUACGAUGAUUCCACUACUGAAGUCGACGAGUCACUCAUGGGCGAUGAGAAGCAAUGGCACUCAAUAGACCUGAACGUGAAAGGGAACCAGGGAGGAAGCACUUGGAAAGAGGUCAAAAUUCUCCUGCGGAGAUAUCGCUGGCUUAUUGACACGCUUCUCCUCCUCACGAAUAUUGGUCUCUCGCUAGGACUGUCGUUAUUGUUGUACUAUCAGUUUGAAGACGCCAAGUUCCCGUCGCGAAUGACACAAAUUGGCGGCGAUUACACAGGCGCUGGCCCGCAAUUCCCGAUCGAGAUCAAGAAAUUUGAUGCCGACCAUGCCGUGGUGCCUCCCAACGCAACAGAAUUUCUUUCCGAAGCUACGCUGAACCAAUGGCGAUCGCUUUUGCCUGCUGGUGCCGGUUGGAAAUCCGAGGAUGAUGGCCCUUUCUUCACCACUACCAUGACCCAUCAAUUGCAUUGCAUCUUCAUGAUGGGACGCAUCUACUCUGAAAUGGUCACCAACAAGACUGACAUGUCUAGAACCGAGGCUGAUAUCCAUUUCUAUCACUGCAUUGACUAUCUGAGACAAGCAACCAUGUGCUCAGCGGAUCUGGCACUUGAACCACAUCUGAUUACGGACGCGGAUGACAACGGGCCUGGAGAUGGUAGUUGGAACGGCAUGCAUGUCUGCAAGAAUCACGAUCAAGUGAUCAAAUACGUAGAUCGGCAAAUCAAGGAAGGAGUUCGUGUGGUUCUGCCGAUAGAUGACUGA